AUGACCAAGAUGAGAGCUCAAAUUUUGGAAGGUUAUUCCGAAUCACCUGAAUUUGUAUCAAGAAAUGAUUUUGAAUUGAAUGAUCAAGAUUUGAAGGAGAGGGAAGUGUUAGUUAGGAUCAAGGCUGCUAGUUUGAAUGCUGGUGAUGGCCACAUGUCGAGUGGAGCUGUAAAAUUGCUCUUUCCGAAGGAGUUUCCAUUAAUUUUGGGAUUGGACGGAAGUGGAAUUGUUGAAAAGGUUGGUUCAUUGGUGACGAAAUUUCAAGUUGGUGAUGAAGUGGUUGGUUCAUUACCUGGUGCCAAAACUGGAACCUUGGCAGAGUUUUGUAAAUUUGAGGAGGAUGAUUUGAUUUUGAAACCAAAGGAAAUGACUGAUUUGCAAGCUGCUGCAUUUCCUACAAUUGGUGGAACUAUAUUUACUGCCUAUACACAUCAUCCAAAGAUUGAUGCUCUGAUUAAGGAAUGUAUGGAAAAGCCAGAAUUGCUUAAUUCAAGUGAAAAGCCAAAGAAACAAUUCAAAUUGUUGAUUAUUGGAGCAGCUGGUGGUUGCGGAAGUAUGGCUGUAUUGAUGGCCAGUAAAUUCUUGAAAAGGAUUUUGGAUUUGACAAUUUAUGCUGUGUGUUCAGAAAAGAAUAUUGAAUAUGUUAAAUCUUUGGGAGCUGAUGAAAUAAUUGACUAUACCAAAACAAGUGCAAAGGAUGGAAAUAAUGAAUAUCACUCAUCGAGUACUUCUGGGUUACCAAGUGUCUGCCAAGUAUUGAGAAGAGACUUUGGUGAAGAGUAUGUCGAUAUGGUUAUAGAUUGUGUUGGAGGUUACUAUUUCUAUGAUGAUGUCAAGCAACAUUUGGAUUGUAGAAAAGCAGAGGAUCAAGUAGUGUAUGCUUGUCUAGUUCCACCAGGUGCUGCUGCCCUCAAUUUUUCAACCAUUUGUUCCACUGCUUAUUAUAUGAUAACAACCAUUUGUUCUGCCUUAAUCUCAAAAGGUUCGCCUAAAUAUGGUCUAGUUAAUUUCUUUGGUAAAAAGCCAAAGGAAUUUGCCUUCCUUAUGCAUAACAUUUUGACACCUGAUAAUAAUUUCAGCUUGAUGAAUUUAAAUGUUUUCCAAUUGGAUGAAGCGACACAAGCAAUGCAAAUGAUGAAAUCAAAGAAAACUGUUGGAAAAAUUGUUGUAAAUAUUUAA